AUGGACGCCUCCUCCCCUGUUAUACCGUUUGUGUACGAGCGGCCGUUCCCCUCCACUUCUUCCGACCCCACCCCUCACUCUUCUUCUCUCGCCCCCGCCGCAAAGCCCUCCAAACUCUCCAUCGACUGCUCGCCAUCGACCUCUGCCCUUUCUUCCACCUCCAUCCGAGCAUCCUCUCCUCUCCUGCAAUCCCGCUUCACCCCGUCGUCCACCAAGGCAAUCCAUCACGAGUUCGCCUACUCUUCUCCUGACCCUUUCGUAGACAUUUCCCGGAUGCGCCUGCGCCCACAAGCGCACCACUGCCUCUACCCCGGCGCAGCGUUCCAAGGUACCCAAAAAAGCGGCAGGAACAGCUACGAAGUCACGGUCACGAUCGUGGACGUCGAUUUCGCUUCCUCGUUUUUGUGCGGCUAUCUUUGUAUUCGUGGACUGACCGACGACUGGCCGGAGCUGACAACCUACUUCGACGCCGAGAUCAUCGGAAGCCGCUAUGGUUUCUUGACGCGGAAUUGGGGUGCCAAUGAGCAGGAGGACAUGGUCCAUUGGGCUCGUUUCCCCGCUUUUCGCCAUGUCAAGAACAAGCUGAAGAUGCCUCAUCUGACAAUGGACGGUGACUGUGGAGCUGUGUUCAUGCGAUGGAAGGAGCGCUUCCUCGUUCCUGACCAUCGCGUACAAGACAUCAAUGGAGCAAGUUUUGCAGGAUUUUACUACGUCUGCGUCGACUUCAAUUCUCAUCCGACCGCCCCGUCGACGAUGCGCCCAUCACCACUGCAGCGAUCUUCGGUGCUUGAAGAUGCGGACACGGAAACCGCGCAGUUUGGGCCUUCUCCGAAACCGGAACCAGCGUCACGCCGUGCACGGGAGAGCGCCACUCCGGAGGAAACCAGCGUCACGCGGCGUUCCUCUUCGGUCGGUGCACGGACGGGGCCUACCGUGGCUACCAUGAGCGGGUUCUACUUCCACCAGAAUUCGGAGCCGUACCAGCAGCUCUCGCUCAAGCAUGUUCCGGAGAACGUCAGCACGAGCUUUGAGUUCCGGUGAAGAGCUCGGGGAAGCGAUGAGACGAACGGCUUGGACUCGGUCGCCGUUCGUGUCCGCCUGUGUCCGUGCGCAUGUGUCAUACAAAACGGGAGGCUGUGUCUUGUAGUCUACUGGCGUUACGCUUGCCUGACGCGUGUGCCUCGGAUGAAGUUCGGCGCACUGAUUGUGAUGCCGCGGUGAUAUCGUGCUCCCUCGUACUCCUCUUUCCUCUUCCUAUCCUCCACUGCUUGACGCCGGUCGGUGGCUUGCCCUUCAAACUUGCUCCUUGGGUCCCGCUUGCUUCGCUCGAAACGUUGAGCAUCAUUUUCACGACGCCUUUCCCAUCUGACAUUUCACCCAUCCCCAUCCCUUUUACCCAUAUGGUCAAAUAUGUGUAUAAAUGCUCCUCUUUUCACUGUCGAUUUUUGUCUUUGGCUUCGAUCGCUCAUGAAUUUCAUGUUCUCGGUUUUCCUUUCGCAUUGUCGCGCCGUUACGAUAUACUCUGUGGAUGAAUGCACGCACUUCGCCUCUU